CAUACGGGAUCAGGGAUGCUUCUCCACUUAUAUAUGCUCCGAUGCGUCAUCACUAUCCGGGCACUCCAUGAAGACGCUACACAGACCGAUGCAGAUUUGCACCCGGGCACCCUGCGGCUGUCCUGCCCCAUUUUAGACACUAGCUGAGAACUCAUUCAGGUCGUGUAAUAUAAGAUAGUCAGCUUAACAGCUGGCAUGACUUUGGUCGGACUCAGUUUCAUCUUGCAGUGCAAAUUACAAUAAUGGCAGAUACAUCGCUUUGUUCACCCGACGCCAAACCAAGGUUGUUCAUUCUCAAUAUUGUCUUUAUCGUGCUCACAACAUUGUCUACCACCGUUCGAAUAGCGAGCAAAUCCAUCGCCGACCACCCCCUGUGGUGGUGGGAUGAUCACUUCGCCAUCCUCUCUCUGCUGUCCGAAGUGCCCUAUCUAUCCCUCAUAAUCCUAUGGCUCAAGAUGGGCCUUUCUAAUCACCCGGGCCUUGGGUUUCCGUACCUCUUCGCGGCUCUGUUCUUCUUUAACGGGGCCAUCUGCUUCACCAAAAUGUCCGCCAUCUUCUUCUACGCCCGCGUUUUUGGCGUGCAUAAUCGCGUCUUCCGGAUUCUCCUGUGGAUUGCGGGCUCUCUCGUCGCGGGCUGGCUUGUAUCUGUCUGGAUCAGUACUGUUUUCCAGUGUCGACCGAUCGCUAGAGCAUGGAAUCCCACGCUGUCGGGCACCUGCAUUGAGCUCUACCCCUGGUACGUAUCGACAGCGAGCCUCUCUUGCCUGAUAGACCUCUAUGUUCUCCUCCUCCCAGUCCCGCUUAUCAUCCGCCUCAAAACAAGUCUCCGUCGCCGCCUCCUCGUCCUCAUUACCUUCUUCAUGGCCUAUUCGGUUGUUGUGAUGUCUGUCAUACGUCUCAUCGUGAUAGCCCAAGGCGAUCCUUGUGGAUCCGCCAAGCUGAUCUGUGCAACGAUGGAGUACGCUCAAUGGGCUGUCCUCGAAAGUUCUAUAUCUGUGAUCUCGAUCAAUGUACCGAGCGGCGUUGCACUUGCGAAGGCUAUACUCAGGACGCCAGGACGCAUGCGCGACAGUCCUAGGAUGCCCAUCGACCCACCCCGGCAGGUACACAAAAGGGUCUACAACGGAACGUCGUGUGUCGGCCUUGGCCAUGAGGAAGACCUGAGUGAGGGAGGUACAGAGGUAGAGGACUUCCAAGGUGUGGAAAUCAACACAACAAUCUGUCUCAGGGAGAUCAGGCUGCCAAAACCAAUUCCUCCAACUUGAACUGAUGAACACACUCAUCCAUCAAAGCAGAGCUGUUGUCAAAAGUUUCAGUUAGUC